AUGGCUGUAGACCAGGGAAUUGCUCGCGGCGAGGUUGAGCUCGUUGCUGUCAAAUCGACGCUGCCCGUGGUGCCGUUUCCACCGCCUGAGCAACGAAUUGCAAUUUCGACGGAGCGCCUGGUUCUACGACCGUACCAGGAAUCGGACUUGCAGCCGAUCUAUGAGCUGAAUUCCGACCUAGAAGUUGCGCAGUGGAUGUCAACAGGUAUUCCGCAUGCCGACAUCGAGGCGACGAAGAAGUUCCUCGAGCCCAUGCUCCAGAACGUCCUGGAAAGACAGGACUUUGUCAUCUGCCUGGCAUCAACUGGGCAAGUCAUUGGAACAGGCGGUAACCACAGGCGUAGUGGGACGCUUGGCUGGCCGGAGGUGGGAUAUUCGUUGAAGAAGGAGUUCUGGGGUCAGGGUUACGGCACCGAGUUCCUUCAGGGCUUUCUUCAGUGGUGGUGGACUCUACCACGCGCCGAACUGGACAUGAAAGUCGACAAGACUACCAUUGCGGAUGGCCAAGCUGAUGGUCUUGUCCCGGAGUGUAUGGUGGCCAUCACCAUCGAAGCCAACAAGGCUAGUCGCGGGGUGAUGGCCAAGUGCGGCUUCAAGCUUGCCCGAUUGCACCCUGUCAUUGAUCUGCGAGACAGUACCCAAACGAUAGACUUGUUCUGCCACGCUGUACGCUGCCCACCAGAAUCACAGAGCUAG